AUGACUAGGACGCUCCCGACGCGAGAACAGUCAUUCGAAUCCAGUAUUAGUGCGGUGUAGAGUGCUCGGUGUUUUGUAAUUCACUUAUUCGAAUUAUCCUUUCUCUCUCUCUCUCUCUCUCUCUCUCUCUUUGUUUUUUCUCUUUCUUUCUCUCACGCGACUACGAUCGAUUAGUGUGUAAAAAUGCCUUUCAAGCCUGUGGAACAUCCAAAAUGCCCUAAAUGUGGCAAGUCCGUUUAUGCUGCAGAAGAGCGGGUUGCCGGUGGAUUGAAAUGGCACAAACAGUGCUUCAAGUGCGGUCUUUGCAACAAAUCGCUCGACUCGACAAACUGCUCCGAGCACGAGGGCGAGCUGUAUUGCAAAGUCUGCCAUGGCCGCAAGUUCGGCCCUAAGGGUUAUGGAUUCGGUGGCGGAGCUGGCUGCCUGUCCAUGGACCAAGGCGAGCAUCUGCAAGCGAAGAGCGAGGGCGAACUUUCGCGGGGUUCGAAUGCCAUUCUCGAGCCGCGAGCUAUCGCGAAGGCACCAGAGGGAGAGGGAUGUCCUCGCUGCGGAGGGUAUGUUUAUGCCGCCGAGCAAAUGUUGGCCAGAGGAAGGGCUUACCAUAAAAUGUGCUUCAAGUGCAAAAUGUGUCGUCGAAGUCUGGACUCGACGCUUCAUUGCGAUGGUCCCGACCGCGAGAUAUACUGUCGAGUAUGCUACGGAAAGAAAUUCGGACCGAAGGGUUAUGGCUAUGGCCAGGGUGGCGGCGCCCUGCAGAGCGACUGCUAUGCCAAUGGCGAUGCGGCUCCUCGCACCACCGUGAUUGACACGGCGAUAAUCAAGGCCCCCCCGGGCAAGGGCUGCCCCCGCUGCGGUGGCGUCGUCUUCGCCGCCGAGCAGGUGCUCGCUAAGGGCCGCGAGUGGCACCGAAAGUGCUACAAGUGUCGCGACUGCGCCAAGACCCUGGACUCGAUCAUCGCCUGCGACGGCCCGGACCGGGACGUUUACUGCAAGACCUGUUAUGGGAAGAAGUGGGGACCGCACGGAUACGGAUUCGCAUGUGGUUCGGGAUUCCUCCAGACCGACGGGCUCACGGAGGAAGAAAUUUCAGCCAAUCGACCUUACUACAAUCCUGAUACGACCUCGAUUAAGGCGCCAGCUGGGCAGGGUUGCCCCCGUUGCGGUGGCAUGGUGUUUGCUGCGGAACAACAGCUCGCCAAGGGCACCAUGUGGCACAAGAAGUGCUUCAAUUGUGCCGAGUGUCAUCGGCCUUUGGAUUCUAUGCUGGCAUGCGAUGGUCCCGACAAAGAAAUUCACUGCCGCGCGUGUUACGGAAAGCUCUUCGGCCCCAAAGGAGUCGGGUUCGGCCACAAGCCGACUCUCGUCUCGACAAACGGAGAACAUGCUCCCUCAUACAUGGACCCCAAGCCCCAGGUCGGUCAAAAGCGAAACGACGGUCAUGGCUGCUCGCGCUGCGGCUACCCGGUGUACGCCGCCGAGCAAAUGAUCUCGAAGAAUCGCGUGUGGCAUAAGCGGUGCUUCAGUUGCGGCGCGUGCCACCGUUCCCUGGAUUCGACGAAUCUCAACGACGGCCCGGACGGGGACAUCUACUGCCGCGGCUGCUACGGCCGAAACUUUGGGCCCAAGGGUGUGGGCUUCGGGAUGGGCGCGGGCACCCUCACGAUGGCCUAAUUGCCCACCAGCACCCCUUCCUUCCCCCCGCGCCCCGCCCCGCUCCCUCCCCCUCACCCUACACACCGUUCGAGGAGAACCCUCGUCGAUCCAGUCUUAAAUAUUAAUGUAAAUAAUACAUCUAUAUAUAGAGGCGUCUCUGACUGUGUAUUUUCGACGACAGACGAACGCGCUGCUCCGAAAUUUCGAUUUCUCCUUUCCUAGCUUACGACGAUUCGAUGAUUUCGAUGACUGUGCUUUCAUUAUUGCAAACGCGACCGUAGCGAAGGAUGAUGAUGUCUUGAGCCCAUGAACCUCAAGAUCGAGCAUAAACAGAUAAGCCGCUGCAAAUUGUUGAUAAUAUCGCGAUAAUGACAAUAUAUUGCAUAUUGAUUAUAUCAUAAAUAAAUUAAUUAUUGAUUAAUAAUUUAGCUAUGAUAUAAAUCAAGGCAAAAAUUUCAAGAUGUUUUAAUAACGAAUUCCUACACUCUUUUCUUUCUUUGAAAUAUAAUAAGCUUUAAAAAAUUAAAAAAUAAAAGAUAUAAAAAAAAUACAUUUACUUUUUAAAGAUAUCUAUUAUAAAUUUUCUUUUUGUUUAAUUUUAAAAUGCAUACUUGAUAACAGAAGAAAUUAAGUGUUGUCGUUAUUAAAAUACCAUUGCGAUAUAAAUUGCUGUAGCGCAUUAGCUAUGAUCGCGCCAUAUCAAUUUAUUCUAAAUUAUCAACAAUAUGUAUGCGCACUUAUUAAUUAGAUCCAUUCUCGCUUAAUCGUCACGAUGGCUUGCGGAUUGCUGUGAAGAUUUGACGAGAAAUCUGUAAAUUGCAAGAGCCAAAACCGAAACGUCAAUAAUUUCGACAUGAUGUUCGACAAAUCGCUCUUCAUGCGAUUUUUACAGCAGUCUGCUCGAUCUCCGAUGACGACGCUACAUGCAAACGACUAAUCUGAUGAUCAGCAAUUAUGAAUGUACGAAACUUUUGUUACUUUCUUUUUCUCCUAUUUUUCUUUUUUUUUCUUUUUUUUUUAAUUCUUGAUCAGGAAAUUGAAGAUGUCUGAAAAAGAAGUUAUAAAGAUAAUGGGAAAUUAAAUUUCUUUGAAUUUAUAUUUUCUUUGAUCAAUCUUGCUCAAAAAUGUUUACGCUUGUUUGGAUAAAAAGCUAGAAUACUUCUAAAUAAUUUCUGUAUAUUUUUUGUUCUCCGUAAAUAUGUCUUUUGAAUCUCUUUCCACGUAAUCCGAAAUAAUAAUGGUUAAAGUAUCGAUUUUGGUUGAAAUAAAAACGAAUUUGAAAAUUGCAUAUCUCACAUUAAAAAUGCUCAAGAUGAAGAUAUGUAUUCAGUAAAAAAAAAAAAUGUACUUCGCUUCGCAAAUCACUAAUCAGAUUUUUCACAUAUGAUAUUGCUCAAGUUAGCAUUUUUGAUCGUUAACGUUGCUCAGAGUUAAACGUGUAAAAGUCUAAAUAAUCCCUUUUUAUCCAUUACAUUAGCCAUCGUCUACGAAACAGAAUGCAUCAUAUAAAUAUAAAUUAUAGAUGUACAGCUUAUUUAACUGUUUCGAUCGACGAUUUGUACAAUGACGAUCGGCGCGCGCGUAAAAACUCUACUACGAACGAGUAUUACUCCUGCAUCGAUUUUAAUUUAAAAAACAAAGGUUUCGGAAUUUGCAAUAAUUUAUCACUGGUAUCGAUUGCAGCCGACACAUUCGCGGACGAUGAUAAACGUGUGAAUACGAAUAAAAAUUUAUAUAACCGGGCUACGAUCAGCAGCUACGAUAUAACCAACGACUAAGACGAGAAACUAAUUUAAUUAUGAUUUUCAAUAAAUGUAUACUUGAAA